ACCAUAGAUGGUUAUUACCGGAUAAAAAAGAACAGCAAAGUUUUUCGGGCUAAUGCAACUUCCACAAUGAACGGGACCGCAUAUUCUAACUUUGACAACCAAGAACAUGUGCUCAAAUUAGGGGAGACCUUCGAGAAACAUCCCAAAAGUGCCUACCACACAGUGCGAUAUGACUUCAAACCAGCCUCUAUCGACACAACAUGUGAAGGGGAGCUUGAAGUCGGCAAAGGAGAACAAGUCACGAUAACAUUACCGAAUUUAGAGGGCUCCAGUGCUCCGGUCACAGUGUUUAAAGGGUCCAAGCGUCCGUACAUGAAGGAAUGUAUCCUUAUCGUGAACCAUGACACUGGAGAGUACAGACUCGAGAAACUCAGCAGCAACAUCGCCGUCAAGAAAACAAGAGCGGAGGGAAGUAGUAAGAUCCAGUCUCGUUUGGAGCAGCAGACCAGUCGACUCACUCAGAUGAGGAACAACAAACCCUCCAGUGCCUCCAAGAGCCCCCCAAAAGGAAAGACCUCCCCCACCUCCCCCAUGGAUGACAUUGAGAGAGAGCUGAUGGCCGAGGCUCAGGGCAUGGACCAGCUCAGCAGCAGUGACAGCUCCUCAAACGGCUCCUCUUCAUCCAGCAGUGACGACUCGAGCAGUAGUGAUGAAGACGACGAGCAUAAGAACCCCUCCUCUUCCUCCUCUCUGACCCAGGGCGUACAGGGGACAGCGGGUACACCGGGCACACAGAGCGGGUACCACAGCAUGCCCCUCCUGAACCAACCCAGCAGGUCACAGGAGAGCGGCGGAGCCAGCAUCAAUACACUAAAAAGCGACCUGCAGCUCAGUGAAUCCGGCAGCGAGAGCGACUAAAGCCCUGGCCUUAAACUGUUCCUCUGUAGCCUCUUCAUUCACUGCUUCAACCUUUAUUUAUUUGUCAGGUAAAGUAGCAUUCGCAAACAAGGAAAUCAUCGAUGUAUUCAGUUAAAGUUGUAACAUUUCAUCUGAUGCAAACUUGUGCUUAAAACAACAGGAAAAAAAGCAUCAUUAUUGUCUUAUUUGAUAUUUUUGCCUUUUCAUUUCUUAGUUUGAGUGUUUAUUUUUUUAGGUAUAGAUUUGUGCCUUAGCUCCGAUGUCAGGGAUUAAUAGUCCUGUCCACAUGUUGGCAAAUAUUUAUUAAAAUACAAGCUGCUUCUUAAGUAUUAUUUUUCUUUUUAAAGAUGCACUGUGUAACUUUUCUGGUGGCUUGUCUCCAUGGAGAUCUUAAUGUUAUGCCUUGUAUUUAAACAUUAUCUAUCUUGCAUUUACUCAAUAUCAGGUGUUUUUAUUGCUGAAAUACAUGCAUUCUUACUGGUAGUGGGUCGCCUCUCCAUGGAUCUGAUCGGCAACUUGUUGGUGGCAUCACCUGCUUGUCGCCAUGGCUGUAGAUAGAUGUUUAAUGCUAUACUGUGGAACAUUCCUGGCAAAGCAAUAUCAUUUCCAUGCACUCAAGCAGGUGGACGAUACCAGAAAAGUUACAUAGUACACCCUUACUUUGAGAAAACCAGAGCAAUUUUCUUUAUGUGAAAAGUGUUUUUUAGGUUCAAUACAUUUCCUACAGCACCCCCUAGGUUUAACUAUUCAUAACAGUUUUACAUUUGGUUACUUUACUAAAGCUUUCAUCCAGACACAAUAUUAAGGUACAAAUUACGCAAAUAUGCUAAUUGGUGAUACAUGAAAUAUAAUUGCGUAUAUACUAAUUUUACUGUUUAAAAAAAAUGGCUACCCACAUGUGGACCUAGACUGUAGUGUUACAAAGUUUACAAUACGCCACAAUUAAGUCUUAAUGGUCUUGAAAAUGUAAGAUUCAAGUAAUGCUGUAUCAUUAAAAAUAUAGUAGUCAUCAUUCUUCAAUCAAACUAAAGUUAUAUUGUAAAGGUCCUAUAUUACAUAAAAUCAACUCUUGUGCAUUUUAAGCCAUGUUAUUAUGUUGUUACUUCCUCAAAAUCAGACCUGGAGUUGUGUUUUGCUUCAAUCACACAUGUUUGAUUAAUCUUUUUAUUAUUAGUAGUAUUAGUUUGUUUACAUCUGCAAAGCUCAAAAUUAUGUUCUACCUUCUGAUUUCAUCAAGCGGUAGUUUGAAAGUUACCUACCUACCUUUUACGCUUUCAGUGCUGAAAGUGCUCAGUUUUGAUAAAAAGUACAAAUAUCAGAGCAAAAAUACACUUGAGAAAAACUAUCACAUGAAAAAAUCUACUUCAGUCAAAGUAUUAAAGUACCUGUUUAAAAAUGUACUUGAAGAGUAAAAAGUAAGCUUCAAAUGCAGUGUUUUUGAUAAAGUUUGCACUGAAUUUUGUUCAACAGAAACAACGUAAUCAGUCAUCAAACCUGUUUUUAAAAUAGUUUACUCAAAUUAUGAAUGUUUUUUAAAAAAAAUAACCCGCUCAGCCUUUUCUGCAGGUCUGAAACACUAAUAAAAAAUACUUUUAGUUUUCGGUCCUGUUUAAAACUGCAGUGGAGUAGAAAGUACAGAUACCUGCUCUCAAAUGUAGAGUAGUAAAAGUAAAAAGUAUCCCCUUUUAAAAUCUACUUAAAUAAAGUACCGAUACCUAAAAUAUAUACGUAAAUACAGUACUACAGUACAGUUAUUACUUUUACAUUGUUAUUUUCUACCAUUUUCUACCACACUGUUCAGUAAAAAGGGGAAAUUCCAGGCUAGAAUCAUCAAUGAUGAAGUUGGAACGGAGCGUUUUCUGUUUGAGAGAAAAGCUUAAAAAUGCAGGGUUUGUGUGUUAAACAUGUGUGAAAGAAACAAAACGCAACUCCUGGUAUGUUUUUGAUAAAGAAACAGCAUUAUAACAUGUAUAAAAACACAGCGUAAUAUGGGCCUUAAAAACUACUUUACAAAUGUGCCAUAUUUACUAAAGGGUUGUGUUCAUAGUAUCUCACUAAAAAUAUUAUAAAGGGCCUAUAUUUUGACAUUGACAUGAAAAGGUAUUUAAAAAUCAAAUAAAUUUAAACUUUAAAGGUGUACUGUGUAACUUUUCUGGUUGAGGUUCUGCCACCAUCUAUGGAGAUGUUGUCCCUUUGCCUGAAAUGUUCACUGUAUGACAUUAAACUCGUACAUCUCCGUGGAGACAAGCAGAUGACACCUUCCUACAGCUCAGAUUUAACAAAAUAACAAAGUUCCCCAAAAAACAUAUAAAUAUUUAGCCCUAAAGUGAUAGUUCCAUCUAACAUAUAUUGACCAAUAAUCUGAUAUAGUAAUUAUUGUGACAGACAAUAGUGUGGAACAUUCCAGGGAAAGCUUUCUCCAUGGAGACGAGCAGGUGGCAACCCUCAGGCAGAUAUUAUGGUGCAACUUUAAAUAUUCAGAAGGUUCAGAUUUCUUCCUGAUCUGGCAUAUAGUUACUCUCUUCCUGCUCCAAUCACAUAAAGCAAAAAUCAUAAAGCCAAGACCCUAUAUAUGUGUCCAUUUGAGUCCAAAGGUAGCCCAGUGUGUUCUGUCGAUAAGAUACUGAACCUGUCUUGCCAGAGCCCUAACCUGCUGACAAAGGAACCUCCAGAAUUCCCCCCCUGAGCUACAAGACAUCAAAUUUGAGAAUGCCAUGCACACAACCCAAACCAUUUGAGAACCACUGCCUUAGUUAAAGGUCCUAUACUACACAAAACUGACUCUUGUGAGAUUUAAGCCAUGUUAUAAUGAUACGUUUCUUCAUCAUAAACACACCCUGAGUUGUGUUUUGUUUCAUUCACAUCACAUGUUUGAGUAAUCCUGGAUUAUUAGUCUGUCUGCAUCCCCAAAACUCAAAAUGCUCUUUUCCACCUUGUGAUGUCAUGUAGUGGUAGUUUUCAUGUUAACUACCUUUUACCUUUUCACUAGAGAUUGUUUGGAUGCUGAAAUCAUCCAAAUGAUUCUACUGAAGAUAUGGAGUUUAAAAAUACAGUGGAGCACUUACUGUAUUGCCACAUGAUGUCAACUGUUUUUCAGUUUGAGAGAAGAACAAAACAAAACUCUGGGGUUUUGAUGAAGAAACAACAUUAUAACACAGGUCAGAAAAUAGCGUAAUAUGGGCCCUUUAAAUAUUUGACCAGCUAAUGCUUUGUAGCUUUAAACCUGCAAAACUUGAAUUAAUUUAAAUCCUCUUUGUAUCUAUGCAGACAUUUCUUCAUAUAUAAGUUGCAUGUAUUUUGAAUCUCCAGGCAAACAGUGCAGGUUGUAUGCUUGGAUCUCACUGUGAGUCUUAAUUGUGCCUAUCUAAAGCCGCCUUAUAAUAUUCUUUGUUAUUCUGUGUCAUUGUGCAUUGACGUGUUGCAUUGACGCUGCAGCAGAUCACUGUGAAUGUGGGAGGAUCAAAUGUAAAAUAGCUGAAUUUAAUUUGUAGGAAAUAAAGAUUUUACUUUUAA